UUUUUAUAAUCAAAAUUGUGAAAACUACGUGCACAUCUGUGUUGGAAAGCUUCAACCUUUCGGUUGAGCUUUUAUUUCUUUUCCUUUCUAUUUUUCAAACUUUUUCUCAUUGUAACAACUUUGGCUUAUUUGUUAAUAAUCACCAAUUUGGCAAAUGGGUUUCUCUGAUUUGAAGCUUCUUUGCAUCUGAAUGAUCAAGUUUUUCUCUUCUUUUUCACAUGAACAGUGUCGCGUUUCACCUCAAAUUAUUGAUUUCAUACUGGGAGGACUGGACUUUAUUCUGUUUCAAACAUACAAUUUGUUCCAUCAGCAAGAAACAGCAAUCAAUUUCUUCUUCUGAAGUCACUUAAGUUCCUAUGCCAUGGCUGCCACGGGGACUACAUCGGCUAAACCACAGAGAAUCCACGGUUUGAUCACUACUUUGGUUUCAGCUUUUCUUGAAUGGUUGCUGAUCAUAUUUCUGUUCAUUGAUGCUGUGUUUUCGUAUGUAAUUACAAAGUUUGCUUGUGGCUGCAAAUUGCAAACACCUUGUCUGAUCUGCUCGAGACUCGAUCAUGUUUUGGGCAAAGAAAUAAGGGGAUAUUAUUGGGACUUGAUGUGCAAUUGUCAUAAGUCAGAGAUUUCUUCUUUAGUACUUUGCCAUGCUCAUAAUAAGCUUGUAGAUGUACAUAAAAUGUGUGAAAGUUGUCUAUUCUCAUUUGCAACUAUUAACAAAUCAAAUGCCGAAACAUAUAGACUGUUGGUGGGAAAAUUGGGUGAAGAUAUAAACUCUGAUUUUGAUCAGGACCCUUUACUCAGGGAUCAUACGAUCAGUAGUUCAAGCACAAGGAGUUGUGCUUGUUGCAAUCAGCCAUGGGCUCCAAGAGCUAAUGCUCAGGUGUUGUAUCAGUCAAAGCUAGUUGGUUUGGAGGCUGCUGAGCUUGAGAGGUCUCUUUCUGGUGCCACUGGAGGUAACCAGGAUGGCGUGGAGGAGACAUCUUUUGUGUCAAUAACAGCUAGUUAUUCUAGAAAUGACGGGAUAGACCCUUUACCUCAUAUUCAAUACACAGAGCUCAAUGUAGCUUCUGAUACUGAAUCUGAAGGCAUUGAAGAGAAUCUUAAUGUCAUGAAGGAGAGAUCAAUUGUGUCAAUCACAGAUAGUCAUUCUAGAAAUGGUCAGGUUAACCCUUUAUCUCACAUCAGAUAUACAGAGCUGAAGAUAUCAUCAGAUACUGAGUCUGAAUCUCCAUUUUCUACUGAUGAAGGUGUGAGUGCUCUUAUUCAUGGAGAAAAUGAGUCUAAGGAAGAGGUCUUUGUUCGAUGCGUAGAGCCUCGUGCUGUCACUCUGGAUGCUGAUUUAGCCUUUGAUGAAGGUGUGCAUUCUCUGAUCCCCGAAGCAAAUGAGUACAAGGAAGAGCUCUCUGCUCAAUGUAUUGAACCUCGUGUUGUCACUCUAGAUGCUGAUUUGGCCUUUGAUGAAGGUGUGAGCUCUCUGAUCCCCAAAGCAUAUGAGGACAAGGAAGAGUUCUCUGCUCAAUGUGUUGAGCCUUGUGUUGUCACUCAAGAUACUGAUUUGGCCUUUGAUGAAGGUGUGAGUUCUCUGAUCACCGAAGCAAAUGAGUACAAGGAAGAGUUCUCUGUUCAAUGUAUUGAGCCUUGCAUUGUCACUGUAGAUGCUGAUGUGGCCUCCGAUAAACUCAUAGAUCCAGCAUCAGGGCCAAAACCUUCAAUUUUGAUCUCAGAGGUACAAGCAGAUGCUGUUGAGCCUUUUAAUUACGAAUCUCUAGAUUCCACCGUUGCUGCUGGGCAUGGAUUAGAACAACUUAACUGGCAACAAGAUGUAGAGAAGGAAAAUAUCCCUGCACAAACUGAAACAAUCCCUGUUGUAUUAUCAAAAAGCUGCUUGGAUAACAGGAGUGGUGAAGUUGAGGAGGCAUCUGUGACCAGAGGUGGUGAGGUCUGUAAGGAAGUAGCUACGAUGAAAACAACAACCGAGACAGGUAUAGAAAGAAACCCUAUUGCUAGUGACAAUGGACAGCAAGCACCAAAUUUAUUGGAUCUUGGUGAUGCUUAUAAGUUAGCUGUUGGAAAUAGAGGAAAACAACUCUCUGGUUUACUUGCAGAGCAAUGGAUAGGGAAGGAUGCUUCAAAAGUUAGUGAGGAUUUGAAAUUUUUACUAUCACACUUAUCAGUCACUCGAGGCACUGAGCAACCCAUGAAUGAAAUUAGUCCUAAAUUUUCUUUAAAUAGUGAUGAUAUUAAGACUUUGGAUUCUUCCAGUUCUAUUGGGAUGCAUAUACUUCAAAAGAGGAUCUCACUUGAAAGAAAUGAAUCUGGAUUGUCUAUUGAUGGAAGCAUCGUGAGUGAAAUUGAGGGUGAGAGUGUGGUAGAACGGCUCAAACGACAGGUUGAGCAUGAUAAGAAACUUAUGACUGCUUUGUAUAAGGAGCUGGAGGAAGAAAGAAGUGCUUCUGCAAUCGCCACAAAUCAAGCCAUGGCCAUGAUCACAAGGUUGCAGGAAGAGAAGGCAGCACUCCAUAUGGAAGCCCUCCAAUACCUUCGAAUGAUGGAAGAGCAAGCUGAGUAUGAUGACGAUGAACUUCAGAAGUCAAAUGAUCUUCUUGCUGAGAAGGAGAAAGAGAUACAAGAUCUAGAAGCAGAGCUUGAGUUAUAUAGGAAGAAGUUUCCAAGUGAACGAGUGAUGGGUUCUCCUUCAGAGUCAAGCUGUGAUGUGAUAACAGAUAUUGCAAUUGAUAAUUCAAAAUAUAGCUGCAUUGGUGAUAAACCUUGUAUAUCUGACAAAGUUGAAGAUUCGGGCAUUUCUUUUGAGAAUGCAGAUGGAGGGAAUUUGAAUUCUUCAUUGCUAGAGUUUGAAGAUGAAAAGUUAUAUAUCUUGGACUGUUUAAAGAAGUUGGAGAAGACACUUCAUCUGCUCCCCAAUGGUGAGGAUGAUAACUCAGAAGAGCUAAGUUGCAAGGAUCAGGAAAAUAGUACAGCAGAAACGAAUACGUUGUCAACUCAACACAAUGAAUCAGUAUCCAGGCAGGAUUUGCAUACUGCAGGAAACUCUUCCUCACUUGAGAAACAUGAGCUUCAUGGAAUAGAAACUGAUGAAGUUUGUUACAGCAGGGAAAGCCCUGCAGAGCUAUCCCGAGCCACAGAUUCCACUUCUCUUGGAACUAUUGUUUCUGAUCUAAACAAGAGAUUAGAAGCACUUGAGACAGACCGGAAGUUUCUUGAGCACACAGUUAACUCACUUAGAAAUGGGGACAAGGGUGUUCAGUUCAUUCAUGAGAUAGCUUCUCACUUGCGAGAACUACGAAACAUUGCAUUGAAAAAUGAUCAAACCGUGUCUUGAGCCGUAUGCAACUACAUAACAAUGAUUGCAAGUUGAGAAGAUCAUUAUAUUUCCCAGACCAUACAACAGUUUGAAAUAUGUAUCUUAUUUUGGCUUGAAUUGUACAGGAAAGAAUGGUGACGACAAGCUUACUAUAAAAGGAAAAAAAAUAUAUUUUUUAAAAAAGAAUUUUCUUUGUUCCCCUCCUUUUUUGGGGUCUUUGUUACAGCUUACAAGUUAGAACAUUUUGUAUUUUUUCAUAAUUAGAGAGUUGGUGUUGGUGAGGGUUUUUUUAGGAGUUGGAGUUUGCUUAUUUAAUGUAUUUUUUUUUAUAUAAACUUUUUCAGCUUUGUGACGUGCACGAGUGAUUUGAUUGUAAUUUAGGAGAGAAAGAAAGAGUGAUUCAAUUGUAAGAAAGUGAAUAAUUGUUGUGUAAAAAAAUAUUUAUUUGAAUUGGUAAAAACAGAGUGAAGUUCAAUUUACCAAAAAAAUAAAUAAAAAGAGUGCAGUAUUUCUUUUCA